AUGUUAUUUAGCCCAGCCCACGAAUAGGCCCGUGAGGAGCUGAAUAUGAAGCGGCAGCGAGCUGAUCCACCGAGUUUGUCUAUCCCCUUUCUUCCUCGUCUCUUCAGUUCGGCGUCAGAGGCGUUUCCAGAGCCGCCGACCGGUUCCUGCGACGGGGGAACAUGAGGGGAUCUCGAACCGAUCCUGUGGAUAUCAGCUCCGAUGGAAGCACUGACAACAGCUCCGAUGAACACUCGAACAACAGCUCAGAUGCAUGUGCUGAUAGCUCCUCCGACAAAGGAGUGUGUAUGAGCUCCGAUGAAGUGAUGUACAUCAGCUCUGAUGAAGGAAGGUACAUGAGUUCCGAUGAAGGCGGGGACACCAGCUCUGAUGAAGGCGUAUACACCAGCUCUGACAAAGACUCAUACACCAACUCUGAUGAAGGUGCACAGACCACCUCUGCUAAAGGAGUGUGUAGGCAGAUGAAGGAAAAGAAGCCUUAGAUGCUAUGCAUGUCCGUCUAUGACUGUCCUAAACACUACAC